ACAUUGGCGGAACAGCACCCCAUGGAGGCUACUGCAAUCUCACUCUACCCGUGACGUUAAAGUAAUAACAUGAAAAAAAGCGUGCUAUUUAAAACAAAUACGAGUUGGUAUCAUUUUUAUUGGGGAAGAUUGAGUAAGCGUGUGUCAGACUGUUUGCUUGGAAUGAUUUGUAGCUAUCGUCUCAAUCUAUGCAUGAGAGUGCAUCCGAAAACACGCGACACCGUAAAGUGUUUGCGCACUCAAAUUCAGGAGGACACAGAUUGAUGGAUUGACUGCGUUUUGCAAGUGUCGGCUCACUUGGCCCCAUUGUCUCAGUGCAUAUCUCAUAUACCCAAGUGUUGCAUGAGUCGGGAAAAACUUUUGUCUUGAUCAAAUUACAAUAAAACCGAUAGACUUCACUCUUUUCUUUCGAUCUAUCAUUCGGGUCAGUCGACGUGCGUCUACCAGUUCUGACGUGUUCUCUCUAAACCACGAAGACCCCUUCGAGACGCCAGAGAAAACAUCUCCUGGGUGAUCAUCUUCAAAAUCUUCCUUCAUCAUGGGGUCAAGUAAGCUUGGUGACAUUUUGCACAAGUGACCCUACAUGAAAAACAAUGACCGUAAUCUAAUCAUUGUACGAACUAGAAAUAGUUUUGUGGUGAAUUAGGUAACUACCUUGUUUGUAUGAUCAACUAUAGCAAUAACUCACUUAUUUUACAUAGGCAAACUUGUUCCAAGUUUAUUUAUCUUUACCGCAAUGGUUUAUGGGUAAUCCGGGGGUGCAGCCAGCCAUCCAGCUCGAUCGAAACCGCGGUGCGGAAGAGGUGGACGUUACAAAGGUAAACAGGAAUACUAGCGAGAAUCGAUAGAAUGGACCUCAACCGAUAAUUUUUCUACAUCGAUGUCCGUGGACACCGAGGAUGUUACUAUCUAGGCUAGCUAAUGCCAAUUGUUGAACAGCCACAUAGGCUACGAGUCAAACAACAAUCAGCCCGUUCAGUCUAUUCAAUUUCAGCAGUGCAAUGAGUCUGAACGAACAUUCAUUACAAGCACUGUCGUGGAGGAAGCUUUACUUGAGUCGAGCAAAACUGAAGGCUUCCAGUCGAACGUCUGCUCUACUGUCUGGGUUCGCUAUGGUAGCAAUGGUGGAGGUUCAGUUGGACACAAGCUAUCCAUACCCACCUGGUCUCCUCAUUGCCUUCAGUGCCUGCACCACAGUGUUGGUGGCUGUUCACCUCUUUGCCCUGAUGGUUAGUACCUGCAUCCUGCCUAACAUCGAGGCAGUCAGUAAUGUUCACAACCUCAACUCGGUGAAGGAGUCGCCACAUGAGAGAAUGCACCACCACAUAGAGCUGGCCUGGGCCUUCUCGACAGUCAUUGGCACCCUGCUCUUCCUGGCUGAGGUGGUGCUCCUCUGCUGGGUAAAAUUUUUACCCAUUAGGCCUAAGAACCACAACCCCAAUAAUGGGACCAUAUCUGCAGGUGUGGCUGCCGCCAUCACCUCCACCUCUAUCAUGGUGCCUUUUGGCCUGAUAUUUAUAGUCUUCGCUGUACAUUUCUACCGUUCCCUUGUCAGCCACAAGACAGACAGGCAGUUCCAGGAGCUGGAGGAGUUAUCCAACCUGACCAGGCUGCAGAAUGAGCUGGACGGUAGAGGGGAGUCCCACUUGCAAUCCCCUAGCUCUCAUUUCCCAUAAAGACUGACCUCUCGUUGAUAAUGUCUAUUUCAAGCCAAUCCUUUGUUGCCAAUAGUUAUACAUUUCUGUUAAAACGCUACAUAAUCUGCUCAUAAUUUCAAAACAUUUGAGAUGUUACUCACCGUUUCCAAAUGUUCACAUUUCUAGAGAUUUUUUUAAAUGAUUUUUAAAAGAAUGAUUCCAGACAGUGUUACUUUUAACUGUGAAACUAUACCAGUUAACAGUCUUAAAGAUGCACUCCAACCAAUCGCAGCGCUCCAAUGGAUAGCACCUGCCAGCAAUUCCAACACCACGGAUAAGCUCAUAUGUGAAACGCAUGAAAGCCAUUACAAAAACAGAAUUUCUAACCAAAAACAAAUCGUUUUAAAUGGCUUUACAAUUGAAAAGUGCGCAGGUACUUGCUACUGUGAUUCCUGAAAUGCAGAGCCUGUUAAAUUAUUUUUCUAAUUCAAAAUUAUACUUUAGUUACAUUGUUUGCUAACUCAGCUUGCUUAACUAGCUCUGUCUUAUUGACCACCUAAUAUUGCAGUUAAUAACUUUUUUUUUAUAUAAAAAAAAAAGCUAAAUUAGCCAUGCUAGAAUACAACUCUCAUCUGCUGUCGACAUCGGGAUACGAUUUAAGAGCACUAGUUAGCUCCAAAAGUGGUUAGUAACUUUGGCUGCAUGCUGACAGUGCAUUCAGAGCUGUCCAGUGGCUAGCCACACUACAACCUUCAUUUUACCAGGUUCCCAUGAAGCAAUUGCAAUGACAGUCAACCACAACAUACCCAAGAGUCUCCUGACUUUCACGGGGUAGUCUGUGUUUAAUUUCAUUGUGUAUUAAAAACACAGUUUGUCAUUGUGAGGGGAUUACGCCAGUGGUUCGAAGGGGGAAUUAGGCUUCCUGGGAAAACGUGGUCCAAGGUUGCAACAGUAACCAAGGGGGCCGGGGGCUUAGCAAAGGGUCAUUUGGAUUCGUAACAUACCACACAAAUUGCUAAAUCUUAUGAAAUCAUACAAAUUGCUAUAUUUGUAACAUAUCACACAAAAUGGAUGACAUAGCACACAAUUGGAUGAAGUCGUACACAAAAAACGGGUAGCACUUUUGUCUCGUGACCAGCACUUUCAAAACUACUGGCUGAAGUUAUACAAAUGUUUGAGAAUGCAUCUUUCACUGGCACUUGGAGCAUUUAGGCCAGUUUUUUUUUUUUUUUACCUUACAGGUAAUGGUAGGAGGGGGGCUAAAGAGGCCUCUCAUUAAAAGGAUCGUUCACCCAAAUUACAAAAUGACGCUGUUUUCCUUACCCUCUAAGCAGCCCAAGGACAAGGUAUGAAAGCAAUCUAUGCUUUGGUGUCCCUGGCACUGUUUCCACAUGUUAACGUUUUAGCAUUUGUGGCACAAAUCACAUUGAUGGGUCGAUAUUAGCAAUUUUCACGCAUCGUGUCCAAAUCAUAAGAAAGUAUCUCAAAUUGGUAGUAAAGCUCAAAAGUCACUUAAGUUUUGAACAUGAUGUGCAAAAAAUGACGAAUGGGAUUUGUGCCUCAAAUGCUAAAACGUUAGCUUGUGGAAACAAUCCCAGAGAAAUUAAACCAAAGACUGGAUUGCUGUCAUACCUUGUCCAUAGACUGCUUAAAGGGUAAGGAAACCAAUAUGUCAUUCUGUAAUUUGGGUAAACUAUCCCUUUUAACUACUAUAUUGUGACACGGUGGCUUGCCUCAUUGUAUUCUAUGAGCACCAAUGAACGGGCACGUACCUCUGCCCAGGCGUUGCUGAUGCAUGCCAGAUCUUACAAUGCCUGGAUAGGUAUUUUAAGUACCAGCUAACCACAUAUGUUAUAACAAUCUGGUGUCCGAAGGCGCAGUCGACGAUGUGGCAUGCAACCAUUGGUUGAUGCAUGCAAUGUCUGACCAGCGAAACGCGACCAUUGUCUUACUUCUGUCAGUUCUGUAUUCAACCUAAGGUUCAGGUUUCAAUUCAUGUUUGAGAGAUUAAAUGUAAUCAGCCUGCUUAAGUUAUUUUUAGUCUAAUCGGUUGGCCAAAUGUUGCUGCAUAAACUCUACAAAAAGUGUUUUCAUAGUUGUAACCUGUGGUAUUGAAAUAGCAUUUUGUACCAUGAUUAUUUGGUCGGAAAAUAUGAAUUUGUGACUAGAAAAGCGUCAAGUUAUUUUCACUGCUGCUUAAACAGUGAAUACAGAGAUUAACUGCACAUAUUCUUUCUAAACACAAUUGGCUUUGUAAAAGUGUUAUCUGUUGAUUUCAUUUUCUGUUCAAAGUGCACCCUUUGUGACUUGUUUGUACACUGAGUGGGUUGGUCUUGGCAAAUGUAACUUUACUUUUUGUUUUGCUUCUAGGAAUGUGUUUGUAAUACCUCGAGUUGCCACUGGGAAUGAUAUCCAGAUGGCACCAUGAUCUCAUUACAAGUCAAAUCAUGUUCAGUGGUCCCGUUUCAUAGAAGUAAAAUUACUCAAAUCUUCCUCAUGA